AUGGAGUUAGUGGCCAAGUUUGAGAAGACUGGAUGUGUUGGUAAAAAAACCGACACAUCGAAAGAAAAGAAGCAGUGGAUGUCGCAGUUCUUGGCUAUGUUGCUAUCAAUUCCAAAACGAAGUGAUGAUAACUCUUUGUCUAAGGUCUAUGAACAACUGCUCCUUUCCCCUCAAACGCCGCCCAUGCCCGCAAUCGCUGCACCUUCCUACACUUGCCCAAUCGGUUACCAUGGGAAUAUGACAUCGAUCAAACGACGAGAAGCUUCAGACGCCUUAAAAGGCACAGUCAUGUCGCAGCGAUAUUCCGAUUACGAUUUCCUAAAUGAUUCGCUCACUUACGACCAAUUCAGGCCAGGGGAAUACCUUAUGGACGAAGAAGAACCGGAACGAGUACCGGAAAAACAAAACUCCCUUGAAAAGCUGAACGACCAACAGCUGAUAAACGCGGUAAACGGCAAGGAAAUACAAGUCCGUCACUUGCGUCUGGAGAACAAGGUAUUCACUAACUUUUUACAGUCCAACGAUCCGACCGAAUUGGAAGGCGUCGAAAACAUACUCAGCUUCGCCUUGGCCAGAAUCUUGGAUAGAAAGGAAGGCUCUCUUGGAAGAUUGCCUAUGCCCGGCCCAGACCUCUUAAGGGCUUCGUGCUCGAGCGCUCGCCGCAGCAUCAGACUCGACUCCUUCAGUAGUAUGUCCUCGAUCUUCGAAGGAAGGGGUCCCAAAGUUAACCUAUCCCAGAAAUCCGACAUGGUCUUAAAGGCCAUGGAAGAACUUCAAUCCAAGUUGGAAGUUUUCUCGAAAAAAGCACACAGAAACAAGCGCAACGUUAAGGCCGAGCUAGAGGAAUACAGCGUUCGAGAAAAGGACAUCAAGGAAUCAGUGGACAGUUUCGAAUUCAACAUACUAGUGCAAGGAGUCGAUCCCUUAACCCAGAGAAUACCAGCGGAAAAGUUCCUGCGGUGGAUGGAAGAGUGGCUGAAGAGCGCACAGUUAAACAUAGAAAAACUGAGACUUCGAACUGCUUCCUUGAAGAUACAAUACAAGAAGGUCUCCGCGAUUCUACUUCAGAGGCAGGAGCUGGGAGAAAACGUCCACGCAGUGGACUUCGACCAGAUAGAGAUCGAAAACAAACACUUCGCAGAAAAAAUAGAGCUGAAGAACAUCCAACUCGUGGAACUGAAAAGGAUGAGCGGGGGCGCCAGUCUGGUGCUGACGAACAACAAGAAGGGACUAAGGAAGCUGCAGGACACGUACAAUGAACGGAAGGCUGCUGUGGCGGAAAAGGAAAAGAUGAUCGAAGAAACGCAAGCGGAAUGUAGGAAAAUCGAAGCGGAGAUGGACGAGGCGAAGGAGAAGUACAACAACUUCAAGAAACUUACGACGUCUUACAAGGUGCCGGAUGUGAUGGAAUACGUUAAUAUAAAGAGGCAGCUCAACGAUUUACAGAACAAGAUAAAGGUGUGGAAUCGUCGGAAAAAAAUUCAGGACAUCACAAUCAACGCGUGCCUCCGACAGAUGAAGAAUAUCACCGGCAGUUCGAAGAUUGACCGCGCUUGGUUGGAGGACCUCACUUCAGAAGGUACCAUUCCCAAGAAAGAAUCUCCAAAGACUGUACCGCUAUAUCUUUUGCAAACCCCUAGUCUAAGAAAAACCAAGAAAAAUCAAGAAUCAAAGAAAGAAGACUUCAAAUUUUUCAUGAACCCAGUUAGCAAAUUUUUUCAAUAUUCUCGCCGUCACGUCCGAUUCCGCUGCAACCAUCCAACCACAACUCUGCUCACUGCGGACGAUACCACCCCAAAAGGUGAAGCCGAUUGCUCCAUCUGUAACGAGGACCAGUGCAAGGAACAAGAUUUGUUCGUGCUACCGCUUCUGUUGUUGUUGUUGUUGUUACUGACUCUAUUGAUCAACAACAACAACAACAACAGUGACAACAACAACAGUGACAACAACAACGACAACAACGACAACAACGAUAACAACUACAACAACGACAAGUGA